AUGACGGCUGACUUCGUCUUUCACGAGGUGAGGAGGGAGCGGGACACCGAAGAGCACAGCGCUGUGGUGGGGGCGCUGGAACGGUGGUGCUACUUGCCGUACCCGGCGUGCUCCCGCAGACACCUGGAGCAGGUGGAUCUCUUCGUGGUGGCCUCCCGCGCCUCCACCCCGGACGGCACGGCGGCGGCAACGGCGGGGGUUCUCGAGGAUACUUCCUCCGCCAUGGUGGGCGCGGUGGGGGUUGUGUGGGUGCCGCUCGCCCCCGGCCUUGAGGUGGAGGGCUACAUUCAGGUCGUGCUCGUGCAGGCAACGUAUCGCAGGCGCCACAUUGCAGGGGAGCUGCUGCGUCGCGUUCUGCAGCUCGUAGCGGGCGGUGAGCCCAGCCGGAGGAUUUUCCGAUGGCGGCUGCACACGAUGGUGUCCUCGCCGCAAACCACGGCGUACCUCCGCAGGGUCUUGCCGGAAAACGAUGAUCCGGCAGUGCAGCAAGAGUUGUUGGAGGAGAUGGAGCGACUAGUGGCUGCCGUGCCGCGUGUGUACGAAAAGUUGGGGUUCACCACUCGAAAAAACAUUUACGCGUACUACGGCAAGUCCGCGGACGCGGUGGAGAUGGUGAGGCGCGGGUAA